GUCACGUAUAGCAAUGUUAGUACAGAGGCAACACUCCGGCAGAAAAGGUGCGCUAGUAUCUGAACCCUUGAACCAGCCUGAAUGAGAAUUUGCUAGCAACUGGUAUCAUGUUACUGAAGAUUGUGUCUUGCACGACGGUAUGUUACUUGGCCGCAGCCGCGUUACUCGUCGUGCUUCUGUUCCUGCUAGCGGUGUACUUUUACGCUCAGUACACGUUGGGAAUCUGCAGGAGCAAGAACAGAAUGGACGGAAAGACUGUGAUAAUCACUGGAUGCACUUCCGGCAUUGGAAAGGAGACUGCGAAGGAUAUCGCAAAGAGAGGCGCAAGACUGAUCAUGGCCUGCCGAAAUAUGGAGGCAGCAAACAAACUAAAAGAGGAACUAAUAAAAGAAUUUGGUAAUGACAAUAUCGUUGCUCGAAAACUUGAUUUGUCAUCAAUGUCGUCGGUGAGAGAAUUUGCGCAGCAAAUAAAUCGCGAAGAGAACAGGUUGGAUGUAUUAAUUCAUAACGCUGGAACUGCAGAAGUAUUCAGAAAAAAAGUCACUGAUGACGGAUUAGAGAUGACUAUGGCAACAAAUCAUUAUGGACCAUUUUUACUUACACACCUUUUAAUCGACUUGCUGAAACGAUCGAAACCAAGUCGGAUCGUUGUCGUUGCAUCGGGUCUAUACGUUUUUGCGAGUUUAAAUUUAAAUAACGUAAAUCCAACGACGACCUUGCCUGCCUACUUAUACUAUGUUUCGAAAUACGCGAACAUCGUGUUUACGUUGGAACUAGCAAGACGUCUUCAGGAUUCUGGCGUGACGGCUAAUUGUCUUCACCCUGGUCUAAUGAGUACCGGAAUUUGGAAGAAUGUUCCGCCUCCAUUCUCUUGGGUAUUAAAUUUAUUACUAAACACUUUCUGCAAAACACCCGAACAAGGUGCACAAACAACCAUACACCUUGCCGUAUCGGACGAAGUAAAGGAAAUUUCUGGCAAAUACUUUAUGGAUUGUCAGGAAUCUGAACUUUGUCGAGGCGUAAAAGAUCCAGCGAAAGGUAAGAAGUUUUGGGAACUCAGUGAAGCUAUAGUAAAACUUCAACCGUCGGAUCCAAAAAUUUAA